UGAAAAAGGUCGACCCAAGCUAACAAUUACUUGCUGCGUUUUCUUUUACCCUCACUUUCUCUUUCCCUCAUUCACUUUCCCUUUUCUUCACUACUGCAUCUUCAACUGUGCAUGUAAAUAGUUUUUCAUGGAUAACAUGCACGAAUCCCAAACGACGGACAACAGCGCCAGUGCGAAACGGAAGAGACUUACACAGGCUUGCGAUGUUUGCCGCAGAAAGAAGAUCAAAUGCGACGGUGCAAAACCAGCUUGUGCCAACUGUGUUCGAAUGAAGCAGGAAUGCUCUUAUUUGCCCAGCAAUAAAAAGCGAGGACCUCGACAAGGAUAUAUUGAACUUCUGGAAAAGCGUUUAGAUAAAAUGGAAAAAAUGCUACAAAAUAAUCCUGGUGAUACCUCACCCGAGGACAUAUCGCCUACCGACUUCGACGCUCCUCUAUUUCAGCCUACCAAAAAUCAUCGCCAUUUUUCUACAGAUAGCGAAGAUCAGGCAAAACCUCUUGUGAACGGUCGAUCACAUGGAAGUUUAGAUCAAUCUCCAGCCCCCUCGCCAACAUCUCCCUCUAGUCGACUAUCACAAUUCUCGCCUAUCAUGUCACACAGCUCCAACUCAUUGACCAGCCGUUCCAAUGCAGAGGAGGGUGGUCUACCAAGCUCAGAUGUUAUUGAGCAUUUGGUUGCUGUCUAUUUUGAGCAUUUAUAUCCAAUGAUGCCUAUAUUGCACCCAAAGUUUUUCAUGGAAAAAAUUCGAAACAAAAAGUGUCCAGAAGUUUUAUUACUCAGCGUUAUGGCGUUGUCUGCUAGGUUCUCUACGCGAUCAGAUGUGCUUGAGAAUCCUCCAUGGUUGUCUGGAGAAAAAUAUGCUAGUCGAGCCCGUAAAAUCAUCAACAAUAUAUUUGAUUAUCCGUCUCUCAGCAGUGCUCAAGCCCUACUUUUAUUGGGUAUAUAUGAGUACGGUUGUUCCAGAGGCCGAAGGAGUUGGAUGUUACUUGGCAUGGCCCUUCGUAUGUGCACUGAACUCGGCAUGCAUAAGGAGUCUUUGCACGAAAGUGACUUUUCUGCUCCGCUCACUGAAGAUGAAUGGGUAGAGAAAGAAUCCAGAAGACGAUUAUUCUGGCAAAUAUACAUCGUUGACAUUCUUGCAUGCGCAAAUAGUGGUAGACCUAGAUCUAUAGGUGAAUUAGAUUGUCAGUUAUUACUGCCAAGCGACGAUGGAUGUUGGUCGAAUUCGUUGCUCUACACAGAAACUCUGGAUGGGUCUUGCUCCGUACGAUUUAAACAAACACCCGAUGGCAGCAUCAUCGGCUCCCUGUACAACAAUAGCAAGUUACCGCUAGCUGUUCAAAAUGAUCAACGCUCUCGAUGCACCUUGAGUUUGAUCGCAUAUCUCGCACGCGCAGCCACCAUACUCUCAAGAAUAACCUGCUAUAUCAGCCGAUCCAAAAUUCGAGAUUUGAACAUUUUAAGCGAUAAGAAUUCUGAGCUUAUGCAGUUGGACGAAGAAUUGACCACAUUGCAAGCAAAUUUGCCAGAAUUCUUCCAAUUUACCGAUGAAAAUAUUGAAGAUUUCCGACAUGGAACGCCAGCUGAAUUUCACUCUCUCGUCAUGCUCCAUGGUUUAAUCAAUACCGGCAUGUUGUUGUUACAUCGACCUAGCUUGCUGCUAAGUGGAGCUGCCGAAAGCUCAAUAGUGCAACCCUGGAUUCGUCAACAAAUCGAACAUGCAAAAUUGAAAUGCAAUCAAUCUACUGAUAGAAUUACCCAUAUUCUCAAUCUCUGUGUAUCUGGAGAUACUAAGAUCAUGGUGCCACUUUUGAGUUACUCAGCAUACAUAGCUUGCACUGUUCUGGUGAAUGUUGCCUUCCAAGAUGAUCAAGUCGAGGGAGAAAAAGCAAGAAAGGCCCUUGCUAUCUGCUUCCGUUAUCUCUUGACAAUUCGACCGUUUUGGUCAAUGGCGGACCGGUUCUACUUUAUGGCACGCGAUUUGUACGGUUUACGAAGUAAGAUCAAUGGCAAAGGCAAAAUCAAGUUCGGAGUUUGUCCCAUGGCAGCAUCACAGGAUGAGAUGAUGCGAACGGCCACCAACGACAAAACCACAACUGGAAAUCCUGAUGGAAAGAAGCCAUUUUCUCUCCCGGUUCAAACCGAUUCGGGUUUUGUGGCUCUAUGGCAAAUGGCUACCCUACAACAACAAGCACAAGAUCAUUUGAAACGAAAAGAGCCAUCGGUUGGACCACAAGAGGAUAUCAUUACAAAUGAUGUUUCUCCAAUACAACCAAUGCCAUCUAACGAUAUUAGAGGAGGCGACCAUAACAACAGCUUCGCCAACUCCAUGAUGCCGCCGAAUGGAAUUACUACACAACAGCAAACCGCUACGAUGGAUAAUAAUAUGGCGACGCCUAUGAAGUUUAUGGAUGACAAUCUAGAUGAGCAAGUCAGUGUAGCGGCGGUUACGGAAUACUAUAGUAACCGAAUGGCAUCCAAUCCUUCGACGUUUGCCGAUACAGGAUUGAAUAUCCCUGGUAACGAUCCAACUGGGUUCAAUUUUCUGUUUGAUGGUUCCCUCCUUAAUGACAUGAUGUUCCCUGUCAUGUGGCCUGGUAUGGAAGACAAUGUUAUGGCGGAUAUUCGUCUGAGUACCCCCAAUUGGACUUUGGAUAAUUCUAAUCUUUUAAGUAUGCCUGAUGAACGACCGUUUAACGUUCAACAAGCAGUGCCUGUCCAGAAUACGUUUGAUAAAAUGCUGACGGCUGCCACAAGGGAAGCAAACAAUGGAUCUCAUUCUCUCAACACUCCACCUUAAUUAUCCCAAUGUCAUUAUUGUAACUCCAGUUUGUGUAAUUAUUUUCUUUUUCAUGUUACCUUUACAUUCAUUCCUUGUCUUUCUGUGUCAUUUUCGCAAAGAAAUCUGCUUCACCAAACCUCACUCCGUUUUUUGUCAAAGCUUGACAAAACAACUUCAAAUAAAAAUUUCGUAUACCCACUCACUCCUUCAUCCGUUGAGCGCCACGCCAUGUCCAUCUCACCUGAGAGGGAGGCAAAGCAAUUUUGCCUUCCAUGCUUUGUUGAUAUUUUUUGAGACUGACUCAUGUGGCCAAGGGG